AGAGAAAGGAAAAACACUAUGUCUGAAAAACGUGAGGAUCCACGUGGACAUCGGGGUAUGCAUUAAUCUUGUUUGGAAACCAGACGAAAACACGUUAUCGAGUUGUUGGUAAAUUUACAUAAAAUGUUUAUUUAUAAUUGUGAAGAGUGAUUCCACGUACUGUAUGUGUACACACCAUCAAAGAUAAAUUAAUAUAUAGCGAACUGUUGCAAAGUGUCGAUCGAAUCCUUCGGAACGAUGACUUCGGAAACGCGCAAGAAGGAUGUUCUGCAAGCUCUCAUUCUUGCGGACGAGUUCACAACAAGCUUGACUCCCUUGCAGAAAUUAUAUCCGACUAUUCUAAUGCCUGUGAUACACGCACCACUUCUCGAUUACACGAUCGAAACUCUAGUAAAGUCGAGUGUGGAAGAGGUAUUUCUCUACUGCAGCAACCAUGUGGACUUGCUCAAGGAAUAUAUAAAGAAAAAGAAUAUUGAUGAUAUUACGAUUUCUCUGAUCAUCUCUGAUGGCUGUAGAUGUCUUGGAGAUGCUCUAAGGGAUGUUUACGCCAAGAGCUGUCUCAGAGGAAACUUCUUAUUGAUUCGUGGGGAUGCAUUUACAAAUACAAAUCUUAAACGCUUAGUCAAUACGCAUCGUUCAACUGUUGAGAAAGAUAAAGGGGCAACUAUGACUAUGACACUGCGACAUCUUGGCCCUACCACAAACACUCCCUUCGAUGAAGAAACAACACUGAUUGUUUGCGACAGAUCCAGCAAUAAGAUGCUGCAUUAUGAAAAGCUGAGAGAUAGUGAGAAGAAAGUGAAGAUGAAAAUGAGCUGGUUCUUGAAUCACAAUGAAGUACGAGCUUGUACAGAUUUCUUGGACACACAUGUGUACAUGUGCUCACCGUCAGUCUUGUCACUCUUUGCUGACAAUUUUGACUUUCAGACCAUGGAUGAUUUUAUACGUGGAGUACUGUUGGGCGACGAGAUUUUAGAUUCUAGAAUUUACUGGGAAGAAAUAUGUCCAGAAGACUACGCCUUAGCAAUACCAUCAUGGAAAAUUUAUCAUACACUCAUCAAGAACGUUUUGUGUAGACAGAGCUACCCUCUCGUGCCAGAUGGUUUUCCCUUUUCCAAGGAUAUUAUAUAUAGUGUGCUAAAUUUCGCGUACAAGCACAAAACCGCUACUCUCUCUAAAGGUUGUAUUCUGGAGGAAGAGUGUUUUGUUGGACAAAAUAGUAUAUUAGGGGACAAUACUACAGUUGGAAAAUCUGUCAUCUUGGAUAAUUGUGUUAUAGGCAGUAAUGUUUAUUUACGUAAUUCUUAUGUCUUCCCGAAUGUCAAUAUUGAAGACAAUUGCACCAUCACGUGCAGUAUUAUAUUUCCGAAUUGCAUCAUCAGGAGUGACAGUAAAAUAGAUGCAUCUAUACUGUGUCCUGAAGUCGAAGUCGCGGCUAACGACAAGUACAACGAUCUCUUUGUCGAAUUUUCUGAUCAAUUGACCACCAAACUGUCAGAGCUAAAUGGUAUCGAUGGCUUUUACUAUUUUAAAAGCAAUAAAAUAGUCGAGGACGAUAAUAGUUCGAUUGAAUCGUCAAGCACAGAGUUGCCUCCCUGCGAAUCGCCGGACGACAUGAACAUGUUUCUGUCCGAAGUCAUCGAUAGCUUACUGCGUGGUUAUCAGGACAAAGUGAAGUGCGAGAACUUGAUCCUCGAGAUCAACUCUUCACGAUACGCUUACAAUGUCUCUGUCCGCGAGGUCACGUACAACGUCAUCAAGGCGAUCCUGAGUUUGCCGUUGCAUUAUCUCGCCGAGACCAACGACACGAUCAACAAUCAGAGUUAUCAGAAGCAUUUGAAAAUUAUGCUGUCUUACUUCCGCGCGAUCAUUCAGAAUUACGUGAAAAACGAGGACGCCCAAGACGACUGUUUACGCGCGAUAGAGGAUGUUGCGAGCACGAUCGAUGAAUUGGUAUCGUACAUGGCGCAUCUUUUGCAUAACUUAUACGAUCAUGAUAUAUUGUCGGAGGAAAAGAUCUUGGAAUGGUUCGAGUCUGAAAUUGAUGAUACGUAUCGAGUAAAAGUCAGGGACGCCGUUCUACCCUUCAUCAAGUGGCUGAACGAGGCGCAGGAGGAUUCCUCCGACAGUAACGACACUCAGUAACAAAAUCUCUCUAUAUGUCAGGAAAUUCUAUGAUUUUUUAUAGAGAGAAGAGUUUAAAAUGUUUACGACGCUCGGAAAUCGCUCCCUAAGACUGAUAUAUUUUAUUACAAUCGUUUCUCUAAUGCUACUCUGAUCAGCGCAACAUGAUAUUUAACGCGUUGCAAAUCAAUAUAUUGAUGAUAUAUUUGAUCCGUGCAGAAUAAAAAAAAAUUGGUUUUUAUUUAAUGAACAUCAUUUGAAUUUGUGAUUUCUAAAAAAACAAGUGGUAUCUUGUAUUUACAUGAUUAGAUCAAAUUUCACUUUUGGAUUUCAACCAAUAUAUGAUACUUUAAUAACGGAAUUCGGCAGCUCACACUGAGUGUUCAGCAUCACUCGGCCUCCUGUCACAGUAUUUUCGAAUUAUUAUAUUUAAUUAAAGCGCUAUUAUGUAAUUUUUGUGUAGUAUUCGACAAACGAAAACUGUUCCAUGUCGACAACCACAUUGUGUCGCAACUGUUUUAUGAUUACACUUAUAAGUUACAGUUGUACACAAUAACGAUCCCGCUGUGCGUGUUGAAUUUGUGUUCAGUCAAAUAAAACAAACUAAAUAAAAGUAAAUUAUUAUAUCAAA